AUGGUCAAGAACCUGAGAAGCGCAGCUCUCAUCGUCGCCAUCUACGGGGCUCUGCAUGUGGCCGGCAUCCACACUGCUGACACUCAGCUUCGUCGAACCAGCCUCACGGGGACUGCAUCUCCACCUUCGAAGGGAGCUCACGCCUACACCUCGCUCGAGCCUCUUGUCUUCUCCUCCUUAGCAAGAGGCUUGUGGACUUUGUAUUGGUUGUUUGAGCAUCUUAUCGCGGAGAUUUCAUCUGCAGUCACAUGGCCGUUCUUGAGUUACCGGAGAUUCAAAGAGAAGAUGCAAAGUGACAGCUCCCCUGAGCCACCUCCAUGGGAAGAUUUCGAAUAUCCUGUCGAGUCUCUCAACGAUGAUCAUGUGGUACCGAGUUGGAAGUAUGAGAGCAUGAAGGACGCCAUCGAGCAGGCGAGGAGCGGUCAGAGGAUCUAUGCUCGCAAGGGAGAUCAUCACUGGGACGCGAAGAUUACAUUGCAAGGCCCCCACGACACGCGAGGAAAGAUAAGAUGGAUGCACGUGGUACUUCCCACUGGAAGCUUGAGAUGGUCCAUCUCCAUCAACACGGGAGGAAGAUGCGCUGGUGCGUACGCCAUGAUGUGCGCCAAGUCAUCAAGAGUUACCGUCAGACGAUGUGGAGUGGGGGGGAUGGGAGGGGGAGCUCGACGAGCAGUAUGCUGCGUGAUGAUCAUGGACAGCAGCUGGUGUUGCCUUCAGAACUCACAGAUUGACGAGACUGAAUAUCAAAGUCCGGGAAUCAGGCUCAUUGAAAAUGGGAAGGCUGUCAUUGAAAGCUGCGUCUUCCAGCGAAAUGGCUACGGCAUAGCAGUAGACAACAAUGCAAAGGUGAAAGUCCGGGGAUGCAUUCUGAAGGAGAACAAUCAUGCAGCUUUCUACGCUGGUUGGGACGCCUCAAACUCGGAGAUUGACAUCCGACAGUGCGCGGUCUAUGGGAGAGUCUGGCACUCGAGCGAUAGGCCCGGAAAACUUUCAGAGUGCGACAAUCGCUUCACUGUCUCCUCGAUGACACAAUCAUCCAUGAUCGUGGACCCUGAGCUGGCAGCAGAUGCAGUCGGUACCCUCUGCAUUUUAUCUCACGUCUGA